UCGGGUUAGCACACAAAGUAACCCGGGUAUCCGUGACUUUGAUGUAGUUGGUUAUAUAAGUAAAUACGCUAAAAGGUAACUUAAAGUAGGUGACAGUAGCUAACCGUAAUGAACCGUAGAGAAACGAAAUUGCUGCUGAAAGUUAUCUGUGUUGGACUCUAAAACUUGUAAGCCGCCCUCAGCCUGAGUCUAGCGCUGAGAAGUCAAGCGGCUGCAGCUAACGCGAAGCUAGCCAAACGCUACUUGGUUAACCGGAUCCGCUGACAGAGGUUGUCUUCUCCUGCUGCUUGUUAGACGUUAAUAUGAUGGCUGUGAACUAGCGGUGCCGUCACAUUCAGUGUAUACAACUGACAGCCAAAGCUGUGUCGUUAGUUUAGCAGCCAGCUGCGUUGGAGGACAAGAUAAUGAUAGCUAGCUUAUGCGGGCGGCGUUAGCUUUAGCAAAACAAGAGCUCUGCUGAAGGAGUCAGCUGACAGUCUGCUGUAAGCUGCCAACAGACCAGUGAUGGAUCAGCUGAAAGUAAAGGAUCGCAUAUUGGAAAACAUCUCCCUCUCUGUCAAGAAGUUGCAGAGUUACUUUGCAGCCUGUGAAGAUGAGACCCCAGCCAUCCGAAAUCACGACCGGGUCCUGCAGCGCCUCUGUGAACACCUUGACCAUGCUCUGCUGUACGGGCUGCAGGACAUCUCCUCAGGCUACUGGGUCCUGGUCCUUCACUUCACCAGAAGAGAGGCUGUCCGUCAGAUAGAUGAGCUUCAGCAUAUAGCAACCAAUCUUGGUCGAAGUCGUGCAUGGUUGUACCUUGCACUGAGUGAGAGCUCUUUAGAGAGCUAUCUGCGCCUCUUCCAGGAGAACCAGGCAUUACUACAGAAGUAUUAUUUCAAGAAUGCACUGGUCUGCAGUCAUGACCACCUCACGCUCUUCCUCACGCUGGUCUCCGGCCUGGAGUUCAUUCGCUUUGAUCUGGAGCUGGACGUGCCCUAUCUGGACGUGGCCCCCUACAUGCCAGAAUACUACAAACCCCACAACCUGCUGGAUUUUGAGGAAAGACUGCCCAGCUCAGACAGCUUAUCUCUGCACUCUUUCACCUCCCUCACCUCCACCAACCUGGAGUGGGAUGACAGCGCCAUAGCCCCCUCCAGUGAAGAUUAUGAUUUCGGUGACAUCUUCCCCGUGUUGCAGUCAUUGCCAAGUGCAGACUGGGAAGAGGGUGACCUGACCGACCAGGCGAGCUGCCCGCGAUCCAGUGGCUCUGAUCCCCAGACAGUCAUCAGCGACACAGUGGUCCUCUCCGCCGGCACUAUCAAAGUGAAGGCAGCGGCUCAUCCAAACAGCCCCACGUCCAGACACAACCCCUUCAACGAGGAUUCAGACACCAAUACCACCAACACCUCAGCCGACGUCACUCCGGUUCACGUUGCAAGCCGCCACAGCGUCACCACCAAUGGAGAUGACAUGGAGAAUGCUAACAAUGACCUGGAGGUCAUCAGGAUGGCCAGACGAAGGAAACCUGCCAAGAAGCGACGAAUGAAGGGCUCUACAGAUUCCAGCGGCAGCAUCCACAACUCUGCCUCCUCUGAGCACAUGGACCUGGACAACAGCCUCCUGGGUUCAGAGGACGUGGAUUCGUUAAACUGCACUGUAAUUCAGCUGGAUGCCGACGCUGAGUCGAGGAGAAGCAGGGUGGGAUCGGAGGUUGUGGAGGAAGGAGAUGAGGACGGAGUGGAAGGCCUCCUGCGGCUCCCAGAGAUGACGGACACCUCCAUGGACACAGUGGGCCAGCCCCUCCGUGAUGUCAUGGACCGCCUCAACGGAGUUCUGGAUAGAGAGGGGGCUUGGGAGCACUCAGAGGAGUUGGGAGGGACAAACAACGGAGGCUGUGGCCAGGGCCCGGAGCCUCCUGCACAGCAGCCCUUUCGAGAGGAUUCAGGGGGCGAGCCACCUGACCGAGCCCCAGGAGAGACGUCUGUCUCCUCUCUGGCCACAAGCCCCAAUUUCCUGCAGGCCUCUCCUGCACCUACAGACUUAUGCUGCUUUACCCCCAUCAGUCCAGACUCUGCUCCCUCGGGUGGUGGCCACAAUGACUCUACAGAGCAUAGCCAGUCGCAGACUCUUUCAGGUGGCCUUGAAGAUGAAGGAGAGGCAAAGACGGCAGCAGGACAGGAGCCAGACAUGAAGACUGGGGAGGAGGACUCAGAAGAAGUUCAGGAAAAAGACAAGAAAGCAUUAACUGAGGAAGCAGAUCUGCAAGAGGAGAAGCUCAGUCCCUCAGAAAGUUCUCAUCCUGCAGAGUUCAAGGUGGACAACAAUCACUUGCUUCUUCUCAUGAUUCACGUGUUCAGAGAGAAUGAGGAGCAGCUCUUCAAGAUGGUGAGAAUGACUACAGGCCAUAUGGAGGGGGACCUGCAGCCCCUUUACCUGCUGCUGACCGACUGUUACAUUUACCUGCUUAGGAAGGGUGCAGCAGAGAAGCCCUACACAGUAGAAGAUGCUGUUUCUUAUAAUGAAUUGGACUAUCUUUCAGUGGGCCUGGACCAACAGACUGUGAUGGUGAUUUGCACCAACAGACGAAGAAAAUUCCUAUUGGACACAGCUGACGCUUCUCUGACUUGCUGGUUCUUGUCUGUGCUCAAGUCAGCCAUGGUGAAGGGUUGUCGUGAGCCUCCUUACCCCCCUGUUCUGACCGACGCUACAAUGGAAAAACUGGCUCUCACUAAGUUUGUCUCCCAGGAAUCUCAGUGUGAGGUGUCUGAAGUGUCUAUAAAGCUGUAUUCACUGGUCCACUGGGAGGAUCCCAUGGAUAUGAGUUUCUCGACCCAGGGUGGCCCCCCAAUGGCUGGAGUAACUUUCAGCACCAAGGAGGGGACUCUGCAGUACCGGUCUGGAACCACCUACCUGGGCAAAGAGCUGUGGAAAAGCUGCUACCUGUGCCUCAGCAAUGGAAUUCUGUACCUGUAUGCAGAAAGGACUGAUGUGACGCCUCUGCUGUCAGUCACUAUGGGAGGAGAGCACUGUGGAGGCUGCCGUCGCUCAAACAGCACAGAGCGUCCUCACGCCUUCCAGGUCAUCCUGACAGACCGGCCUCCACUGGAGCUCAGCGCCAACAAUGAGCAAGACAUGGCCGACUGGAUGCAGCUGCUCUGCCAGUCUGUCUCCAAAGGGGUCAUCCCUCAGGGUGUGGCCCCCACUCCAUGUAUCCCAUGUUGCCUGGUGAUGACAGACAGGAAGCUGCUAACCUGCCAUCAGGACUGUCAAACCAGCUUCUUCCGUUCGCUGGGCAGCGUCGAUAUCUGUGAUGUCACUGCUGUUAGCGUGGAGGCCGACAAGGAGUACUGUGUCAUUGAGUUUGCAGCAGAUCGGACUCAGUUCCUUCCUCCAUGGGUCUUGUACUUCAGUGGCUCUGAGGAGAGAGAUCGACUGCUGGAGGCCUUAGACGACACAUGGAAGGCCGUUUUCCAGGUCGACCUUCCCCACAGAGAGGUGUUGGAUCCGUCUGUGCAGAAGCGCUGCAGUGAGGCCCUCGCCCUGAUGAGUAGUGCCUGGCAGAGGGCAGACAGUCUGGCCCGAGGCAGAGCCCAGCGUGAACCCUGGUGCUGAUGGACACGCGCACAUACACACACACACACACACACACACACACACAGACACACAGGCACACACACAGGCACACAUGCACACAUACCUUUACCUGUGGGUCGCCACUGAGACAGACUGCCAGUUUAACAGUCUGAUAUAGUUCCAGGAGGGAUGGAUUUAACUCUGACAUUACAGUCCCUGCAAACUGUUCAGAGUUCUGAACUGAAAGACUGAGAUGGACCAAUCAGAUGCGGUUAUUGGUUGUUGUACUACACCGUUAGCUCGUGAUGCAGCUCUGAUGAACUGUUUCUAUCAGGAAAACUUCCUGAAGAAGCAGCAACACAUGUGGCUCAUCACAACGCAGUGAUGCAACAGUCAAUAUUCUCACAUGAAAUGAUAUGAACGAACCUCCAGCAGAACACUACGACAGAUUUCAUUUGAUCCGGGUGGUACAUUAUCAGCCAUUAUUCCUUUAUCAGCUGUUUGAAACAGCAGCAAUGCAGAACAAAUAUGUUGUAUCAAGCAAACGUUUGGUGAUAUUUUGCAUGGAGAAAGGAAAAAAAAGCUCUGAAGGAAUUGAUGAUGGAAAAAUGUACAACGCACAAACAGUAAUUGUGUCAUGGGAAGAUUUGGAAAGCAACCUUCAAUACAUGAUGCAUUCAGGUAUAUCUCAGUAUUUGAAUGCACUGAGUUUGAGAAUUUUCUCUCUCGCAUAGUAAACGUCCGGCUGUUCUCUCCACCUUAAAAUGAACACUGAUGUGCAGAUUUCGUCUUCUAAGCCUUGACUUUAAGAUGUAGACUUUAGAAAAAUGCAUAUUUAGUACAUUGAGGAAGCUGAAUGGAGAGAAAGGCAAGGAUCCAUGACCAGCAGCUUCCCUGCACAGUGAAAUGAGAGAAUUGUUCAUGUUUUCUUUAAAAGAUGAAGCUGGAUGCUCCUUAUGAUAAAUAUCAAGAAAGCCAUACCUGAAGGGGGCAGUUGCUGCUUGCUCACGUCAUGAAAAAGUUCACACUAUUUGCCUUUCACACACUAUAAAUCUCUCUCUCUGCUCGCACAACUCACACAGCUGUGUGAAGAUAAAAGCCACUUCUUGCUUCCUAACCGUUAAAAGAUGUUCUACUGAACCCUGACUCUGGUGCAGUUACAGAGCAAAUGUACAGCGCUUGUACAGUAUCAACGCAUAGUUACUGACGGUUGUCUGUGUGUCGUCUGACGGGACAUACCUCCACACUGAAUUAUCGUCACAUUAGCUUAAGAGAAUGAGGACCUCGAUAUGAUGAAUAUGUGGAUGUUUAACCCUUGCACUGUUACAUGACAUGCUCAUGCCUGUGUCGUCUGUCUGACGUCUUGCUUUACCAGUUUAAAUGUUGUUACUCAGAUUGAAAAAAAAAAAAAAAUCUUUCAGGAAAUGCAACAGACUUGCCUUUUUCUCCACUAGAGACGAGUGGAGGCUUCCAUGCGGACUUGCACAUUGUUAGUGUUUUUUUAAUGGUACCAGUUGUGGUUUUGUGUUAAUCAUAACAUCAUGUGCUGUGUUAUUUCCAUUUUAGACAAAGUGGGGACACUCGUUACUAAAUUAUUCUAUUGAGUGGUGACAUUUUAAAGGUAUUGUCUCUUGUGUGUGCAUUAGCGGACAUAUAAUUCCUUUUAAGUAUGGGUGAGAAUUGCAGUCCGUCUGAAGAAUCCGUUAUUGACACGUUGUCUUGGCUUAUCCUUUUAUUUUUGCAUCAUACCACUCUACUAAAUUAGAACAUCCCUCUGUAACAAUCAUCUUUUAGUGGUGUACGACCAUGUUUGAGUUAUAUAAAGUCCUUAAAUAGCUUUUUAACCUAGAGCAAGUGUAGCAUCUGUUCUUAGCAGAUUAAUGCUUUUAAAUAGCCUGUAAUAUCAUCCAGUAUUAAAGCUUUACCUGGGGAAGAAAUAAGAAUUAGACCCUCAACCAAACUCCCUUCUAAUUGUAGUCAGUUGAUGACAGUGCACCUAUCACAGUCUGUCUAUAUAAAUUAAUCAUUAAAUUAAUUAAUAUUAAUCCUGAUUGGAGCACUGCUGCUCUGUCAGCACGUAACAGCUCUCAUUGCAAUGACAAUGUCGCCUUUUUGACAACCUUGACUGGACGAAAUGGCCAAUUCGUGUGAACGAAAUGAAGCACUAUUUUUCUUUUGGGUAUUUGCCUUACACUGUACACUUAAAACAAUCAUCUUAGUUUACGUUCUGCUUUCUUUUGAUAGACAAGUUGAAAUAUGUGCUGUAUGUAGGGCUGGGUAUCAAACCUUAAUAUACUUAUGAAAAGAAAGAAAAAAGAAAGAUGUGAUUGUAUUCAGCAGAGUAAGGUAUUAAAAAAUGCUGUUUUGUUUAGUUUUUAUCAAAACUUGGGUAUUGAACAGACAGCAGUAUCAAAAAACUUCAAAUGAUACCCAGCCUUAUCCAUAUGUCACUUCAGCAUUAACCAGUGCUUUAAGCCUCUCUAAGUGCCACUUGGUCUCACUCAUUUUCAGCUCUUUUACAAAGAAAGCUCUCAGGUGAAAAAGGUACGUCACAUCCAAAACUUUAAGACUCACCAUGUGUUUUUUUUCUUUUUAUUGCUGCUGUUUUGUCUCAUUCAAUAUUUUUUUAAAUCCCUUUUUUUCUAUUUUGGUUCCUCCCAUGUUGCGUGCAGCAUUAUGAAGUUAUUUUGCGCACAUGGAGAAGACUGCAAAGUAAUAUGAUAUGUUGGAAAAUGUUUUAUAUAAAAGUCCUUCAAUAAUUCAGUGGGUUCUAAAAUAGGAUUGGUGGCUGUGUAGUUGAAAUCUUCCCCCUCUGUCGAUUAUUUAAGGCCUUUUUGACCAGGGAGAACACACUUGCAAUAGUUGGACUUACUUGAAAUGUUUGUGGGAUUAUCAAGAAAAAAUUAACUGCUAAAAGUUGUGCCCUUUGAAGUGUAUAUGGAGAAAAAGCUAAAACUUUUUGAGCUGUGUUAUGAAUGUGAGACAUUGCUGGCCAAUGAUGGAUGACAUCUUCCAAGUGAUGCAUUGUGAAGACGCGCUUUUUGGUUUUGUUUAUUAAUGUAUACUGCAUGUAAUAUUUGUAUUAUGUUUAGUGGUUUUAUUGAAUUGUAAAUAGGGCACUAAUCAAAUAUAACAAACUGUACACUCACACAUAAAGACGUGCAUGUCCAGAAGGUUUUAUACCGGUAAUGAAUGUACAAACAAAGCUUUGUGACUGGAUAGCGUAACUGAAUAAACUGAAAUGAAAACCAUG